GGAGACACGGCGCGUCUCGUGUCCUCGGGCAAAGUCUCCACUGGCUCCUGCAGCUGGAGAAACGCGUUGUCUCCGCAGCCUCUCGUGCACAUGCACACUUCUUCAAACAGAAGGAGACGAAGAAGAAGAAGGAGGAGAAGAAGAAGAAGCCAUUGGCUCCGAGGAGCUGAUGACGGAGGGAGCGCACCGUCUUCUCCAGGAACGCGCGCGCGCACACGCACAGUGGGAUGAGACCAGACUGGCACGGACAUCUAACUGGGGAACUUUGUUUCUCCUUCUGCGGGGUUAUUAUUAUUAUUCUUUUUUAAAUAUUCAUCAGGAGGCGGAGACCUUUUGGGGACGGCCGCGCGUUUUGCACUCUCUCCAGGAGCGCGCAGUGUGGCGCACGCUGGAACAAAACAACUAAAACAAAACCGCUCCGUGCAGCGCAGGCACGUUUCCCUUUUUAAAAGCUGCGGGGGAUCGCCGGAGAGUCGCGGAGUCGUGCGGGAGGAGGAGGAGGUGGAGGAGGAGGAGGAGGUGGGUGGACCAAGCGGUGUCGGUGCACGAGGAAGACCCAGAGAAAUCUGCGGGCGAACUUUGGAUAUGGCCGGUGCCAAGACGUUCCACCUUCUCGUUGGAGUUGUUCUAGUUUUGCAGUGUUUCGGGGACUCCCGAGGCGAGACCCCAGCGAGCGACGGGGUCCCUUACUCAUACGCGCGCGGGCAGGCAGGGGGCGAGGACGCCGCCGUGGACGUGGCGCCGUACGGUCGCCGGUGGAGGAGAUGGCUUCCCCCGAAGCCUCGCAACAUGGACAGCAACCGGGCCAGUCAGGAGCAGGACCAGGGGCCCGAGCGGGAGGAGCCCGAGGGCUUCCCGGGCCUGCUGUCCGCUGAGGAGACCGACAACAGCUCCCAGACAGAGGAGGACACAGAUCACAACUACUACACAUCGAAGACGUACACCGCGUCGGACGCGAUGAGCAGAGACCUGUGGGUAGAUGUGGACCAGAUGGACAAGGACAAAGUGAAGAUCCACGGGAUUCUGUCCAACACACACAGACAAGCAGCGAGAGUCAAUCUGUCCUUCGAUUUCCCUUUCUACGGACACUUCCUGCGGGAAAUCACCGUGGCGACCGGUGGGUUCAUCUACACGGGCGACGUGGUCCACCGGAUGCUAACAGCUACUCAGUACAUCGCUCCUCUGAUGGCGAACUUUGACCCCAGCGUCUCCAGAAACUCUACAGUCAUCUACUUUGACAACGGGACGGCCCUGGUGGUGCAAUGGGACCACGUCCACCUGCAGGACAACUACCACCUGGGAAGCUUCACCUUCCAGGCCACGCUGCACGACACCGGCAGGAUUGUUUUUGCAUACAAAGAGAUCCCCACCGAGGUGUCGCAGAUCAGCUCCGUCAAUCACCCGGUGAAGGUGGGCCUGUCUGACGCCUUUGUGGUGGUCCACAAGAUCCAGCAGAUACCCAACGUCCGGCGGAGGACGAUCUACGAGUACCACCGCGUGGAGCUGACGAAGACCAAGAUCACCAAUUCCACCGCCGUGGAAAUGAUGCCUCUGCCCACCUGUCUCCAGUUCACCAGCUGCAGCUCCUGUAUCUCCUCGCAGAUCAACUUCAACUGCAGCUGGUGCCAUCGCCUCAACAGAUGUUCCAGCGGUUUUGACCGCCAUCGGCAGGACUGGGUGGAUAACAGCUGCCCAGAUGAGACCAAGGACCAGAUGUGUGACGUCACGGACACCACGUACCUCUAUCCGCUGACCACCGCCGCCGUCGCCAGAACCCCGCCCAGGAGCAGGGGGGCCACGGCGGGCGGGGACGCCGCCUCCACCUCGCACCCUCCCACCAGCGUCCCCACAGAAGACGAUACCAAGAUCGCCCUGCACCUCCGAGACAACCAGGUGCCUCCUGCGAACAGCGCCGUUGACAGGAAGUCAGGCACGCACCCUUUGCACACGGGCCUGAUCCUCGGCAUCCUCCUGGUGAUUCUCGUCAUGGUCGCCGGCGUGCUGGUCACUGUGUACAUCUACCAUCACCCGACCUCCGCGGCCAGCCUCUUCCUCAUUGAGAGACGCCCGAGCAGGUGGCCCGCCAUGAAGUUCCGCCGCGGGUCGGGACACCCGGCCUACGCAGAGGUGGAGCCAGUGGGCCACGAGAAGGACGGCUUCAUCGAGUCCGAGCAGUGCUGAGGGAGAGGAGGGGGCGUCCGCAUCACAACCCCAUCACCCCCCACCCUCUACCCCCCCCCUACCCCCCCCCCCCCACCACCACCACCACCACCCCCCACACUCCUGAGCCGGACCUCCUACCAGGGACUCCUCCCCAGGAAACCUGCAGGAUGAGCGCGCACACUGACCCGUUGAGACGAUAACAGGAAGUGAGGAAAAACGCUGAAAACUGAUCCCAGCUCAGCUCAUUGUUCGGAUCCCGUCGGCAGAGACCUGAGCCACUGGGGACGGAGAGGGGGUGGGACGGGGGACAGCAUCGAAUCGGGUGCUCUCACGUUGCCAUGGAUACUGGUGUGGUUGAGUGGGGAAGGGGAUUAUACAAUAUAUAUUUUCAGAAACAGAGAGUUCCACUUUAUUGUUGGUGGGGUUUUACUGUGUAGGCCUUUGUAUAUCCAUCAGGUUUUUACUUCUUUGCCAUUUUUUUUCCUUUCAGCGCGUUGUUCUCACAGGCGCUGGCACAUCUGUAUCCGUACAGGCCGUCCGUAUUGCUUUUCCACGCCACAGCGGGCUUAAUUGACUUUUCCACUGGCCGCUCCGGCAAACAAGAGACGCUGCGGCCCGAGUGACGUGACGCCGGCUGAAGUCCCGCCGCCGCGAUCGAUCGCAGCUGCUGCGUUGGAUUAGUUUGUGGGGGUUCGCUCGUUCUCAUUUACUGGAAAUGGAGUGUGAGACGGUUUUUUGUUCACUGAGGUAAGUGUGUGUGUGUGUGUGUGUGUGUUUUCUGAAUAGGUGACGGGCAAACACUAUUGUUCUUAUUCUUUUGAUCGGUUCAUUGGUUGACUCUUUACAUAAUGAAGCCCCUUUAAUCUAAGUUGUUUCAUUUUUGACAUUACUGCCGUGACAUUUUUUCCUUGACUUCGGUUUGCACUUUUUUUUCUUUCUUUGGACACGUGGUACUAAUGCAAAUUUACAAGACAGGCGCUUGUGAGUGUGCAUGCUGAAUAUAUUUCCUAUUUCCUGUAAUUGAUUCAGUGUGUGUGUGUGUGUGUGACUGCAGUUUACAUAUGUGAUCUGCUUUAUAGGUGCAUAUAUUUGAGCUGGCUCUGCACAGGUGAUUCUUAUUGAUUUGAAUCUAAAGGCAUGUGGAUAUUGUUUGUGUGAGACUGGUAUGCUUGGAGUUUUCCUUGAUUUUCACUGUGCGGUUUCCUUUUCUAGUUGCCAGCAUAACCGUAGGCUAGUCUGUGUUAAGUUAUGGUCGACUCAUCCGCGUCAAACCAUUCUUGUAUAUACCAAACAUUUGCAAUUCAGGUAACUCAAACAUUUGUAGGGUAGCAGUGUAGUACACAGGAAAAAAAGUACUUUUUAUUUUUUAUGAGUGGCCUUUAUUUCUCUACUUUUUUACUUAAAUGUGAAUACCGUUCAAUCAUUACUGUCACCAAUCAAAAUCCAAACAUUCACUUUUAUAUAGUAUCUCAAGACAAAAUCAUGCUUUCGCACCAAUGAUUAUAAACUGAAUUAAGAUCAGCAUCCUGGAAUUCUACUGAAAAAUAAAACGUGCAAUAACACACCCAUCCAGUGUGACACCGUAAAUACAAACAAUUAACAAUCAGUUUAUCUCAUUUAAAUUCCCACCUUGUCCUCAUCACAUUGAGACCAAAGACAGAACAGAAUCAUGCCUUCGAGUGUUUACCUCCACGUCCCGACCUCCUCCGCAACCACACAACCACCCACACGCCCUCAUCACAGCUGAGCCGUACUGAUUAGUGUUGUUGUCGCUGCCAUUUACAAAAGAACAAUGAUUCUGCACACUGCAGACAGCCCUCUAAACCCCGCCCCCUAAAUCUGAUUGUCCAAUUGUAGCUCAGCAACCUGCGCCUACACAUUUAAGCUUGCCUUGAGAUUAAGUUAACUCCAGUUAAAUUAAACUGGAGUAGCGACAUUAAUUAGGGGGCGUGGUUUAGGCAACCACUGGUGUAUUUCAUCUCUCGACACGCUCACCCAAAGAUGCACACGGGAUUCAUGCACAAAUACCAAAUCAAGGACUGACGGGUUGUUUGUCCUUAACAACCACUCUGAGAUACAACGAGGUCUCAUUGGUAUUGACUGCAGAGUUCAAACUCCAUCCAAAAAGCCCUUUUAUGGCUCCUCGUAACUUAUUUCAUCAUCGGCGUUUAAAAAGCAGACAUUUAAACAGGCUUCUUCAUGCAUACACACCCUUCCUCUAAUGUUGGUCAAAUGAACCCCCGCGGAGAAAAGUCCCUUUCAAGCGCUUGGCACAUCUGCUACACACCCUGAAUAUGAUUGUAAAACCGCGGAUUAGGAGCCGUAUCUCGGCCCAGCGAGCUUCAAACUUCAGACAGUUUUUUUCGUCGCUCCGCUUGUUCGAGCAGCAGCUGCAGUAAGAUAAAUACUCAAAACACAUGAGCAAGCGUGAGUGAAAUUGAUGGUAUUUGUGUGUUCGUCGCCUCUGCCUGUGUUCACAGUUACACCUGUUUUAUAUGCACUGUCGAAAUGCAUUCUGGGAAAGCUUGUUUGGCUUUGACAUGUCUACGCAAAAGCCUAAACGGCCUAAAUGCAAUCGGUUGAAUUGCCACUUUCCUAACUAUGUUAUUUUAGAUGGCGAGCGGCGUUGAGAUAUGUAUGAAUCUCUGACAGAUCCGGAGCUAAAUAUGAACAAACAAGAACUGUGACCUUGUUUUAUCUCAUCAUGACUCCAAAUCACACGCUAUCAUUGCUCCCCGUCUGCAGUUUCUGUAACUACUGUUGUUUUGAUUACAUUUGAAAUAAUAAACAAUGUUGUUGAAAACAAAGACAUCCUCUGAAUAUUGCUGCUGGAGUCUGCAAAAGUUGCCGUGUGUAGUUUCUUGUUUUUUUUAUUUUGAGUGUAUAUUCAGCUGUAUUUCCACAGCAAAUAAAUUCAUUACGACCACUUCCAUGGUUCCAUUAAUCCGUAUUAGUCUGAAUAUGCAUUCAAAUAACUGUGAGGCAACUGAAAUGCGUUGUUCUACCAUCAUAAUGCAUACCAAAAAAUUAAAAUAAAAUCUCCUGUUUUGACUGUC